UUCAAUAUGCACGCGUUCUUUGUCUUGAUAGUCGCCUGCUUAGGGGUAGCCGCUUAUGGCUAUCCAGACAUUCAUAUUGUUGGUGGAAGCGAUGCCCCGCCCGGCAAGUUCCCAUAUCAAAUAUCUCUGAGAAAGAACGGAAGGCAUUUCUGCGGCGGAUCCAUCAUCAAUAAGUAUACUAUUCUCACCGCUGCUCAUUGUAUAGCAAGAUUCUGGACCCCUGGCGCUCUGAAAAAUUUAACUGUUCACGCUGGCACAAAUCUGUUAAACGAGAGUGGUUCCGUGUACAGAGUUAAACAAGCCAUCCCUCACAGUAAUUAUAAUUUUAUGGGAUCGUCCAAUGACAUCGGCGUACUUAUUCUGACAACUCCUAUCGAAUAUACCCAAUAUAUACAGCCCAUACCGCUUGCAACUAGCGACAUUGCUCCCGAGGGUACCAGCUGCACUUUAUCCGGAUGGGGAAGAACCUCGUUUAAUGGUCGCGACCCUAACAAUUUACAAGAGAUCGAGUUGAGCGUUCACAGUCAA